GGAAUCACAUUGAUGAUUUUGCAAGAAAAUACACACAUUAAAAUCUGCUCAGUUGCAUUGUGGGAUAUUUCAAGCUACUUUCACUUUUGGUAGGGAAGUGUUCAUUACUGUACAUGAACAGCUUUUUCAGAGACACUGCAUUAUAUCAGUACAUGUAGUUGAAUGCAAAGAUUCUUUAUAUUACAAGAAGAUACACAGCAAAAUGGAUGAAGAGGAAAGAAAUGACCACAACAGUGAGGGUGGUGAAACCACAAGAAUUGUGGAAGGUAUUUCUAGGGAAGAACUACAUGAUGAACGACUGCAAUGCAAUAAUGGAGACCACAGUAGGAGCCCGAAUACUUCUUCAAAUAAGACCAGCAAGAAAGAACCAGCAGUAGAGGUUGCACCAAGCAACGUAAUCCAGAUAAAGUGUGCAACACUGCAGGUCAAUGAUCAGUUACAACAAGUUAUAACACUCAAUGUUGGAAGCACUCAAGAACAGGAGCAAGAUCAAAUGACAUCUGACCUUGAAGCAGUCUCUAUACUAUCCAAUGAACAGUUUUCGCUUCCAGAGAAAUCCAGCCCUGCAUACAAGUAUGCCACGACACUCACAAACAGACAGCGAGGGAACGAGAUCUCAUCACUCCCAGCAAACCUGGACACACUAUCAAUUCAUCAGCUAGCUGCUCAGGGAGACCUGGUCCAACUAAUGUCACAUCUUCAACAAGGGAGCUCAUUGCUCAACGUACCAGAUGACCGAGGCUUUACACCAUUAAUGUGGGCGGCAGCGUUUGGAGAAAUAGCUGUUGUGAAGUUUUUGCUCCAGAUGGGCGCUGAUCCACACACUUUGGCAAAGGAGCGGGAGAGCACGCUGUCGCUGGCUAGCAUCCAGGGAUACACCGACAUUGUCCUGCUGCUCCUUGACCAUGGAGUGGACGUCAACAUUUAUGACUGGAAUGGAGGAACUCCGUUACUGUAUGCUGUGCAUGGAAAUCAUGUGAAGUGUGUGGAAGCUCUACUGGCCAAAGGUGCAGAUUUAACAAUGGAGGCAGACUCUGGUUACAGUCCUAUGGAUCUGGCUGUAGCUCUAGGCUUUAAAAAAGUCCAACAAGCUAUUGAAAACCACGUACUGAAGCUGCUUCAGAACAACAAAGAUUAAAAAGCACAAGCAAUGGAACCAGCCUCGUUUCAGUGGGGCCAGUAAGCAAACACUAGUCAAGGCUUUCCUUUUGCCCUACAACCUACCUGAGCUCUGCAGCAUGAAGAAGCUUAUUGACAGCAGUGGAGGCUUUUGAGGCCUACUCCGCCCUAUCUGAUACAUAAAAUAAAGUCAACAGGCCUGCAAGGUCAUAGGAAACAGCUGGAGGUGGUUUCGAAUGAAUGGCAAAACAAACAGAUGGACUGGUCACUGAUGUGACCAUAACAGUUACAGUAAACUGCUCUUUAAACAGGGGCUGGCAUCUGACUAAAUUGCACCAGUCAGUCUGGGGUUUGUUUGGGAGUGGGUUGCCUGCAGAUCUCCAAAAUGUAAACAAGACAUGUAAAAUUUAUUUUUUUAAUGUAAUAAAAGUUGAUUUUUUUUUCAAGA